AUGUUCGACACACACUGGCGUUGGCUCAUUAGCGAGAUUUGCGGAGCUGUCGGCGAUCGUUUAGUCAGCAAUUUAACUACUCGAAGAACUUGGGCUCGUGGUCCUCACCUCCCAUUCGGCCCCCGCCCUACACUCCCAACUCCCUUUACCCCCCCUUCUAUCCCCUCCCCCGGGUCCCAACCCUCCUUCCUCCCAGCAGCCAUCGCCGGAGGACAAAGCGUCGCUGUGGCCGCGCCUCACGUUCGCGCGGGUUGGGCCGCUCAUCCGCUCAUCCGCUCAUCCGCCUCACGUUCUGUCCCCCUCCUUCCCCUGCCAUCCGCUCUCUCCCCGCAGCCAUCGCCGGAGGACGAGGCGUCGCUGUGGUCGCGCCUGACGUUCGCGUGGGUGGGGCCGCUGAUCCGUCUGGGCAACGCCAAGGUGCUGCGCGCCUCCGACCUGCCGCCCCUCUGCCCGCGCGACUCCACCGCUGCUGUCGCUCCCUCGCUCAAGGCCGCGUGGCACGCUGAGACAACCGCCAACCGCAGGCGUCCCUCGCUGCCCCGGGCGUUGGUGAGCACAUUCAUGCGUCCCUUCAUGGCAGCGGGGGCGCUGAAGCUCAUUCACGACCUGCUGCAGCUCGCCUCGCCGCUGCUGCUGCAACAGAUCAUCCUCCACCUCAGCAUGACGUCAUUCCACGUCAGCACGGCGCCUCCUCACAAAGCAGACAGCACCUCAGCUGACAGCUUCCUUGGUCCCUCGCUAGUCCUCCCCAACUCCUCACUCCCCUUUCCCUCCACCCUCGCGCCAUCCCUCCACCGCUCGCUCCUCUCCUCCCCCCUCCACCCACCCGACCCCCCUCACUUCCCCACUCUCCUCUCUCCCCCCAGCACCGCAACUUCUUGCUUGGAUCUUCCUCCCUCUCGUAUCUUUUGUCCCUCAAGCGCCCCCCCACACCCAGAGUCCAAUCGCCAACACCACUGUUGGCUUCACGCCCCCCCUUACACACUCCUCAACGCACCCACUCCCAUUUUCCGCCUCCUCGCACUUAUCCUCGUUAGUGACCGCUUCGUUACCAGCGUGGCUGCCAGGGCUGCUGCUAGCGGGGGUGCUGCUGGCGUGCAAUGUGUGCCAGUCGCUCGUCGCCCAUCAGUACUUCCACCGCCUCUACCGCCUCUCCUCCCAUGUAUGCGCCUCUCCUCCUAUACAGCUGUACGCCCCUCUCACAUUCCAUUUCACUCUCAUUCCCUCCCACUGCACUCCACCCCUGUGCAACCGCAUCCCUCCCCUGCCUCGUCCCACCCCGUCCUCCCUCACGCUGCCCUUUCCAUGCCGCAUCCCCGUGCAUGCCCAAUUCACCCACCCCCCUCCCCUCCCCCCAUUCCUCCGCGCACGUUGCGCUGCCCUCAGGUGCGCACAGCAAUGGUGGCGCUCAUCUACUCCAAGGCGCUGCGCAUCUCCGCUGCAGCGCGCCACUCCACCAGCCUCGGGGAGAUUGUGAAUCUGCAGAGCAACGAUGCGGAGAAGCUGGCGAAGCUGUGCAUCUAUCUGCACAUCGUGUGGAGUGGGCCCCUGCAGAUCAUCGGUGCAUUGGCCUUGCUCUUCCGCUUCCUCUCUGUCAUCCCCGCCCUGGCGGGGCUGGCGACGAUGCUGCUGCUGAUGCCGUUCAACGGGGUGCUCAUGGGGCGCCUGUCAGCAGUGCGCCACCGCCUCAUAGCGCGCACCGAUGCGCGCGUGCGCCUGCUGUCCGAGGCCGUGGGCGCCAUGCGCGCGCUCAAGCUCAACGGCUGGGAGGCGCUGUUCAAGGCGAGCAUCGAGGCCAAGCGGGCCGAGGAGAUGAGGGAGGUCACUGUCUCCGUGCUGCUCGGUGCGUGGGAGGGUUAA